AUGGGCAGCGGCCCUGCCAUGCUCGCGCUGCUGCUGCUCGCGCCGAAACGACCGCGGCUCCCCCGCAUGGCCGCCAUCAUCAACGCAAACAACACGCCAAAACGGCGCCGGGGCCUGCCGCCGCUGCCCACGGCGCUCGUCCGCGGCGGCCGGCGCGGCACGUCCCUCAAGGCCCCGCCGGUGGUCCAGCCGGCGCCGCGCCUGCCGAUCGCGAAGGCGCUCGCGGCCUUCGCGGCCCUCGCGGCGUCCGCGACGCUCGCGCUGUCGCGGCUCGAGUGCUCGCUGCCGGACGCCGCGUGGCUCGUCGCCACGACGGCCACGACGACGGGCUUCGGCGACGUCGCGCCGAUAACGCCCGCGGGCCGCGCCGUCUGCUGCGGCGUCGCCCUCGCGGGCUUCGGCCUCGUGGGCACGCUCGCCGCGCGCGUCGUCGACGACUGGGUCGCUCGGCAAAGAAACCCGGGCCGGCGGCGGCGGCGGUCCGGGCUCCGCCUCGGCCUCGCGGCGGCGUGCCUCCUCCUGUUCGGCGCCGCGGGGCUGCGGCGCUGCGACGGCCUCGCGUGGGGCGACGCGCUCUACCUGUCGGUCAUGGUCGCGACGACGACGGGCUACGGCGACGUCGUCCCGUCGGCCGCGGGCCGGCCCUUCGCGGCGGCCUUUGGCCUGUUGUCCGCCGUGACCUUCUCGAAUUUGGUCGGCGCGCUCGCCGUCGCGCCCCUCGAGCGCGAGCUCGCGGCCGCGCGGCGCGCGGCGCUCGUGUCGUACCCCGCGGAGCGGGACACGGGCGAUUCGACGUACCCGGAGCUCACGCCCGCGACGCUCGCGGAGCUCGCGCGCGGCGCCGUCGUCACGGACCUGGGGCUCUCCAGGAACUCCUCGAACAUCUCCCGCGACGAGUUCACGCUCCUCCUCCUCGUGAAGCAGGGCCUCGUCGCGCCCGGCGACCUCGACGACGCGCACGCGCGCUUCGACGCCCUCGACGCGGACAAGACGGGCGUCCUCUCCCAGGCGGACCUGGACCUCGCCGGCGACGCGCGCCGGGACGCGAGCCGGCCCGCGCCGGGCGACGGCGCGAGCGAGCCGGCGGCGCGCCUCGGCGGCGGGCGCCUCGGCGGCGGGCGCCGCGCGCGCAUGAGUCGCGCCGCGCUCUUCCUCGCGGCGUCGGCGGCGGCCCAGGCCCCGGUCAACGUCACCGUCGUCGCCCUGGCCCUGCCGGCCUACGGCGAGGCGACGACGCGCGUCUGGCGCGCCCUCGGCGUCGAGGGCCUCCACGUGGGCUGCGGGCCGGCGCUGCGGUCCGGCGCGCUGAACAGCGACCUCGCGAGCCCCGUCGCGGCCGCCGGCGUCGACGCGCCCUUCGUCGGCGUCGACGGCCUCGCGGGCGGCCGGCGCUACUUUUUGAGGCACGACGCGACGGAGCCGUUCCCGCUGCCCGACGGGGCCGUGGACUACGUCUACGCGGAGCACUUCAUCGAGCACGUGCCCCGGUCGGGCGCGCUCGCCUUCCUCAGGGAGGCGCGGCGGCUCCUCUCGCGCGGCGGCGUCCUCAGGGUGCCCGACCUCGCCGCGUACGCGGCGUCCUACCUCGGCGACGGGUCGUUCCUCGCCGCGCGCCACCGGCUCAACGGCGACCUCUUCGACCUGCCGCCGGGCGCCGCGACGCUCAACAACAUCUUCACCGCCUACGGCCACGGCCGCGGCUACCUCUACGACUACGCGGAGUUUUUGGGGCUCCUCGACGAGGCGGACCUCGGCUGCGCGCCCGAGCGGGCGGCGUUCCGCGAGAGCCGACGCAUCCCGGACGUCGCCGCGGCCUUCGAUGGCCUCUCCCGGGCCCACGAGUCCUUCUACGUCGACGUUGACUUGAUCGACGCGAGGCAGGCGCAGAGCGCCGUGAACUCGGAGAGCGGCGCGGCGAACUCGACGCAGUACGUGUCGGCCAUGGUCCGCGCGAGCGUGAGGCACACGCGGCCCGCGCGGUCCGCCAACUGGAAAUUCUUCGCGCUGGGCCGCACGUCGACGUCCUUGGGGAAGUGGAGCACCCAGCCCUCGCCGUCCCAGUGCACGGGCACGCUGGCCUGGAGGCGGAACGCGAACAUCGGCGCGUCGUGCCUCACGGGCAGCGCCGUCAUCGCGCUCACGAACCCGCUCGACUGCCUCAAGAGCCGCUUCCAGGUCGCGCCGCACAGCGGCGGCGGCGUCGCCGCCUUCGCGCGCGCGCUCGUCGCCGGCGACGGCCUCUGGCGCGGCCUCUGGCGGCCGGGCCUCGCGACGAACGUGUGCGCCUGCACGAUCUCCGUGGGCACGCGGAUCGGUCUGUACCCGACGCUCCGCGAUUCGUUCGCGCCGGCCGAGGCGCGGCGGUCGCCGCUCUUCAUGUACGCGUCGGGCCUCGCGGGCGGCGCGCUGGGCUACAGCGUCGCCGCGCCUUUUUUUUACGCGACGCGCGUCGCGCACGUGCGCGACCUCGGGCCGGGCCUCGCGACGCUCCGGCGCCUCGCGGCGCCGGGCGUACGGGCGCUCUGGCGGGGCGCGCCGCUCCUCGUCGCGCGCGGCGCGGUCAUGUCCGGCACGCAGCUCGCGACCUACGACUCGGCCAAGGGCUUCGCCGUGGACCGGGGGUUGCUGGACGACGGGCCCGCGUUACAUUGCGCCGCGUCGCUGUGCGCGUCGGUCUCGCUGACGACGGCCAUGGUCCCGCUCGACGUGACGCUGACGCACUACCAGGCGUCGCCCCCGGGCGCCGGCGGCGUCGCGGCCUGCGCGCGGGGCCUCCUCGCGGCGCGCGGGCCGCGCGUCUUCGUCCGCGGCUGGCUGCCGCUCUGGGCGCGGUUCCUGCCGUCGACGGUGCUCACGCCUCGGCCCGCGGCGCGCGUCGCGACGAGGAGCAACACCGUCGACAAGGGCACCGUGCCGACCAAAGCCCCGUCGCCGUCGACGACGCAGUAG